AUGGCGGGAAACGCAGCGGCGUUAUUCGCGCUGCGCGAGGAGUUCAAACUUCCAGCGCUCGUCGCGUUCGCGUCGCACCUCGUCUACAUGCGGACUCUACUGGGCGUGCGCGCGGCGCGCCUCAAGUACCGCAUUUUCGCGCCCGUCAUGUCCGGCAAUCCCGACUUCGACCGCGUGAUCCGCGUGCAGGCUAACUUCGUUGAGCAAUUUCCGUCGUUUAUCACGUCCAUGUUCCUCUGCACGCUGUUUGAAGGUGGCACGGUGGCAGCAGCACUGGGCGCGGUGUGGGUGGUCUUUCGCGCCGCACAUGGGGAGCGCUACAGUGCUCGCAGGCUGGGGUACGACAUUUUUUGGUACACUGUUCCGCAGUAUGCGGUGAUCGCUGUCAUGUACCUGCUGCCCCUAUUCAGAAUCAUCCCCACACUUCUUUAG